UCAACUGAGGACGUCGACGAGUUGAUUGUGGCUCUUCCGGUGAAAGAUAUGGACAAGCUACACAAAGAUAUCAGCAUGGCCAAAAGUGAGAGCGCUCACAACUAUCUGUGGAUGCUGAGAUGGCUGCAGACCUGCUUGGAGUUGUCGGAGGUAAGUACCAACAAUAUUCUAAGCGUUCUGACGCUACUGUUAUGUGCUUCCUAA